GAUCAGAAGACGAAAUCUAAUAGUCGGGGGAAAGGCGCUUAGACGCGUGUGAAAUGGAAAAGCUGACGGGCGUGUUGAGCGUAAAGGAAGUUACCAAACCAUACAAACCAAACAAGCAGCUUGCUUCCUAACUUUUUUUUUUUUUUUUUUUUUUCGGAUUGGUGCAAGAUCGUCCCCUGUUUUUGGCCAAUAUGAACUCCAGUUGAACAUGUCAGUCUUCAGAGGACAUCGACAUCACACUAGACUCUGAAACACCCCCGUCAUUGGAAAUAAUUUCACGCAUUUUCAGACUUAAGGAUUUUUCGGGACACGUCGACUUGCGUUUUCACAGGGGGGAGACAAAAAAAAAAAAAAAAAAAAAAAAAAGUUCUGCCCCCUGACUAUGGACAUGGAGGCAACGAAUGGCUAUAUUGCAAGUAACGGCGACUGCUCUCCCAGGAAGGAGAACUCAAGAAUGCUGGUAGACCUGUCGACCAACACACCCAAUGGACAGCAUUCCCAAAGUCCUGAUUCUCCUGCUGCACAUACAAUCAAACAAGAGGAAGGUACAGAGGAGGAGACGGAGAGACAUCCCAGUGGUCCAGAUGAGACGGGUCACAGUGGUGAGGAAGGAUCUGGAUUGGAGGAGCCUAUGAUUGACAGCCCAAACAACCUACAAGACACAGGACCGGGAACAGAAGCACAGAGUGAAGCAGAGAUAAGGCUGCCAAAUGGUGACAGGCCAUUCCAGUGUAACCAGUGUGGAGUGUCAUUUACUCAGAAGGGCAACCUGCUGCGACACAUUAAACUCCACACGGGAGAGAAGCCCUUUAAAUGCCCAUUCUGCAGCUACGCAUGCCGUCGUCGUGAUGCCCUGACCGGUCACCUGCGCACACACUCAGUUGGCAAACCACACAAGUGUAACUACUGUGGGCGGAGCUACAAACAGCGCACAUCAUUGGAGGAGCACAAAGAACGGUGUCAUAAUUACUUACAUAGUGUCGGCAUGGACUCCACCUCCAAUCCUGGCCCAUAUCCAGGGGAAGUCCCAAAUGAGCAGAGGUCUCUGGAAUCAGCUGGCCUGGCGGCUUUCGACCGGCCGCCUGUAAUUGAAAGACUGCAGGGAAAUGUGGGUAAACGGAAGAGUACCACGCCACAAAAGUUUGUGGGUGAGAAAAUGGUUCGCUAUUCAUACCCUGAGCUGAACUAUGAGAUGGGUCUGAAGUUUGAGAAGGAAGCUGAGAUGAUGCAGGCCCAAAUGAUGGACCAUGCCAUUAGUAAUACCAUCAACUACCUGGGAUCUGACUCCCUAAGGCCGGUUGUCCAUCAUCCAUCCCUCUCCAUGGCUGAGGUGGUACCUAUGGUGAACCCUCUCUUCCAUCCAGUCUACCCGCUUGGCCCGCGCAUGGAUCGGCCAAGCAGUCGUGAAGCUCCUCCUCUGCCCCACACUAACCCUGAGUUCCCACACCCAACCAAUGGAGCAAUCUCAUUGGUCAGACCCAAGAAUCCUCAAUCAGGGCGAGACGGGUCACCUUGCAACAGCGGACAAGAUUCAGCUGAUUCAGCACGGAGCAGCCCCCGGGACAAGCUUAGUAUCAGCAGUAGUGCCGGGCCCAGGUACAGAUCCAGUCCGGGUUUUGGGCGGGCAGAGGAAGGCAGGGCGAUAGAUACCGGCCGUGUUGGCAUCAGGGAUGGGGUCCGUGUAUUCGGCCGUGGGGGUCAGGAGCUGAGAGUGUUCCAGUGCGAGCACUGCCGCGUUCUUUUCCUGGACCACGUUAUGUACACCAUCCACAUGGGUUGCCAUGGUUACAGAGACCCACUAGAGUGCAACAUCUGUGGCCACUGCAGCAAAGAUCGCUACGAGUUCUCCUCACAUAUUGUCCGUGGGGAACAUACCUUUCGUUAAGAGCUUGACUCUCUUAACCUCAGCCAUACACUGCAAAAAAAGAAAAUAACAAUUUCAUCAGUAUUGUUGUCUUGUUUGCUGACAAAAAUGUCUAAACUUCCUUAAAACAAGACACAUUUACUUGGGAAGCAUUUCUUCUUGUUUUAAGCAUAAAUGUAACACAAUUUUGUGAGGCUUAUGCAACCAACUAUUUUCCAAUAGGUUAAGAAAAAUAAACUUAAUUCAAUAUAUACAGUAUUGUGCAAAACUUUUGUUACAUAGUGAGGAUUUCUUCAAAAAUAAUGCCUAAAAAAUUCAAUUAACGCCAUAAAAAGUUCAGUAAACAUUAAAAAAAGCUAAAUCAAUGUUUGGCGUGACCACCUUUGCCUUCAAAACAGCUCCAAUUCUCCUAGGUACACCUGUACACAGUUUUUCUUGGUUGUUGGCAGAUUGGAUGUGUCAAGCUUUUCUGAGAAUUUGCCACAGUUCUUCUAUCUAUUUGUGCUCUCUCAAUUGCUUCUGUCUCUUCAUGUAAUCCCACACAGACUCAAUGUUCAGUGUGUAUGGGGUGGGGGGUCAUGCCAUACGUUGAAGGGCUCCCUGCUCUUCCAUUCUGUUUGGAAAAUGAAUGUUUGGGAGUCUAAAAUGUAUAUUUCCUAUUAACACACUCAACUCAACUUUAUUCAAAAAGAACUUUCAAAACCAAAAGUGUAGACCAAAGUGCUGUACGGAUACCAAAAUGUACAACAUAACAUUACAAAGAAAAAUACAUAGAUUAAUACAAUUACCACAAUAAUUACAACUAACAAUAUUAAAAUACUUAAUCAAAAGCCAGUGUGAGUAAAUACGUCUUAAUGUACCUCUUCAAAGCAUCAAUUCAGGUAGUGAAUUUAAUAGACAGAGGCAACUAAUUCCAUAAUACAGGGGCAGCAACCGAAAAUGCAAGGUCUCUCUUCCACUUCAGGCGAGGCACAACUGGUCAGUAGAACAUAAAGAUUUUUGGAAUUGGUAAAGGUUGAUUAAAUCUUUAAUGUAGACUGGUUUAAAAGCUUUUAAAACAAAUAGCAGCACCUUAUACUGAAUUCUAAAUUGUAUUGGUAGCCAGUGUAAUGAUGCCAAAACAGGUGUAAUAUGAUCCCUUUUUUGGAAUUCGCUAAAAGCCUCACCUCACUAAAUCGGACGAUAUAAGUAACCAUCUUAAGUCAAAUAUUUUUGUUAGACAUCUUAUGUGCCUAAGACUUUUGCACAGUACUGUAUAUUUUUUAAAACAAGUCUUAAAAGGAUAGUUAACCCAAAAAUGAAAAUCUGAAAUUAUUAAUUCACCCUCUUGUUGUUCCACACCCUUAGGGCUUUCUUUCUUUCAUGUAACUGGCAGGAUAUGGCAGUAUGUUAGCCUCAGUCACCAUUCACUUUUAUUGUAUAGGAAAAAGAUGCAAUGAAAGUAAAAGAUGACUGAUGCUAACAUUCUGCCAAACAUCUCUUUUGUGUUUCUGGAAGAAGAAAGAAAGUUAUAGGGGUUUGGAACAACAUGAGGGUAAGUAUUUCGGAUGAAUUUCCCCCAAUUUCACCUCUGAAGUAAAUGUAUCUUGUUUUAAAUGUGUCUAGAUAUUUUAACUUGCAAACGAGAAAAAAAUACUGAUUAAGAAAUUGUUUUUUGCAGUGCAAUCUAUGAUUCUAUGGAUGUUUCCAGCAGACUGCACGUAAUGAGGCAAAUAUGCUCACCUGAAGCAUUACGUGAGCAGCAAUCAGCAGAUAUAUGAAGGUUCCGGUCCAGUAGAAAUGUUUUCAUUUUGGAGCUGUUUGAAGAUUUUUUGUUCUGGGUGAGGGGAUGAGUAUGUUUAUGAUGUGAAUGUUUCAUUUGAAUUUUUUUCCUCCACACAUAGAGAUUCCCAUUCUCUUUUUAAUUGUUGUGUACGUAUUGAUCCUUCUAGCAGAGCAGCUAUACGUUAUCUAAAGUUGUGAAGUCCUUUCCCUUUUUGUUGACUAUAUUUUAUCAGAGUACCUUGAUGCAUGCUGUCAUUCCUCUUUCAUGGACAUCGAUCAUUUUUACAGGUAAACAGAACAAAGUAUGCCACAGAGGAACACCGGAGAAUUGAACAAUGCUUAGCACAGCGAACAAAAAAAAGACUUUAAUUCAUAGCUUCAUGCUGCUGCGGCUUCUCAGUGGCUUGCUGUUUUGAAUGGCACGAUUUUGUCUUUUUAUGGAGUGUUUUGUAUCUUUACAUUUUCUUAUAUGAGGAGUCCUCCCUUUUCCAUAUGUUCCUGGGGCACCCUACUGAAGCAGACCUUGUUUAUUAAAGGGAUAGUUGACCCACAAAUUAAGAUUCCUCAUGUCAUUCCAAACCUCUAUGACUUAGGAGAAAUUUAGAAUGUACUGGUUGUUUUUAUCCAUGCAAUUACAAAGAAUGGGUACUGGAGCUUUCAAGCUUCAAAAAGGUUGCAAAAGCACCAUAAAAGCGUAAUAAAUGUGGUCCAUAGUACUUAAAUAACUUAUAGACUACAAAUAUAAAUGUCAUCUGAAACUCUAUAAUAGCUUUGAGUGAGAAACAGACCAAAAUGUAAGUUUAAUACAAUUUUUGAGUUAACUAUCCCUUUAAAGAUAUAUGGGCUCAAGUUUCUGGUUUUGUGCUGCUGUCCUCUUCCCACUCUCGUUCUCAUAUUGGUGCUAGGGUUGUCACGGUACCAUAAGACCAGCUAAAGUAUCACGAUACCAAGUAGUGUCACGAGACCAUACAAUAGUGUGUUAAUUCUCAACAGUUUGUCAUAGUGGUUCUUAGAAUCUAGCCUUUCCACUUGUUGCUCUGGAACUGGUGAAAAUAACUGAUGGAUGAAGGCUCAAAUGGACUAACUUUUUACCUAAUAUAAUUUUUAGUUUGAUGUAAAUAAAAACACUUUGCCACAUCAAAACAGCCAGUUCAAAACGGCAACUGCUUUAAACCUUUAUUCAAAUAUUCUGUGAUUAUUUGAACAUUAAAAUAAAGAUCAGUCAAAGAUUCACUAUUACAGCCAAUUCAGCCCCUCACUCCUGGUCAAGAGAUGCAUGAGUGCAGAUUACACACACACCAGUUUGAUCGCACGGCUCAGGGAUGUGAACAAACUGUGACCAAACCGAUCUGGGCUGCAUUUCCCAAAAGCAUUGCAAGGUUAAGUUGAUUGUACAGACCACUGGCGCCAAUGUUUACAAUGCUUUUGGGAAACACAGCCCUGAUCAUAAGUGCGAAGUUACCGCCACCAUGCAUUUGUAAUUUAAAAAAAAUAAAUAAACAAGUGCAAUGUUCGAUUUCUCAGAGAAACUAUAAAUCUGUAAAUGUUAAGAUAAUGCAAGUGGCACUAACCUGUGUGUAUUCUGCUGAAGCAGUGGGAUGUGUCUGAAGGUGUUUAAUAAGGUUGCUAGUGUUUCCCCCUUUGGCUUGAAAUCUUUGUAGACACUCACGGAAGAUGGGUUUUCCCGGUCUCAUCAGGCAAACCUCAAACUAAUUCCAAACCUCGUUAUGUGAAAUUAGUUAUUUUUUAUUUUUUUAGUUUCUCACUGUCCAAAGUUGUAUUUAAAUCUUAUUUAUAUAAGAUUUAAUAUUAUCCAUUAGGAGACACAACCGCCAAAUUAAGACGCUGGGAUUCAGACGUGUGGGUGUUUGAAACAUGGGAAAACCAUACGUUGAAAUAUAAACAAUACCAUGUAAGGGGCAAAUUCUUAACAGCGUUUUUGUGCUCUUAAAAGGUACUGCGUGAAGUGGACGCCUCUCAAAAAGACUACCUUUUAAUGUUAUUGUAGACAUAGGGCUGAUUCAAAUGAAGGUUUUAGUGAAAAUAAUAUUUACUACCACAUAUCCAACAUAACUUCUGGUACUACCGUGUUAUAGGAACGAUCGUUUAAAAAAUACUGUGGCACCGCCAGUAUUUUGUAGCUUUAGUAUCGUGAUGAGUCCAUAGCACCAGUAUACCGUGCAACCCUAAUCAGUGCUAUGUACAUUUUACAAAAGUAAUUCUGUUGGAUGGUUUUAUGAAUUUUUGGGCACAAUUUUAUGAAGUGUUGAUGACAAUCUCCAUUGUAACUCAGUGAUUUGAAGGGGAUGCAGCAUGUAACAACAUGUAACUAGAGAUUUGUUGUCUUUCCGAUAAAGACAAAUGAGUUUCUGCACUGUUUGUACACUGUUGCACAGUUACUGUCAUCUCUUGCGUUCUUAUGCACUUGGCUGAAAACAGCACUGCGACAUGCCUUGAUAAACCUGUUUUUGCACUAUUAGCUUGAGGCCUUGGGCAAAAAUAUGCUAUUUCCAUGCUAUUGAUAAAGUGAACAAAAAGAUCCGUGUGUAGUUUAGCUAGUCACAACACUGGUGUAAAUGUGAUUCAACAAACGAACAAGUCACAGCCAGUACUUGUAACUGCUACACCUGUAGUUUCACCUACAUUAACAUGCUUUAACAACAGGGCUGCCAUCCAUACCUUUGAUUGAAAUCAAUGAAUUUCAUUCAGCCUUCGGACUAAAUGCCUCAUUUUCGUCUCUGAACCAUCUUAAUAAUUUUUAAAUGAAACACCUCAGUUUACUCCGUGUUACAUAAGAUACUUUAGAUUAGAGAAGUUUUCUUUUUUUAAAUUAUUAUCAUUUAUUUGGAGAAAAAAACCAACCCUAUUAGUGGGCGCAAUUCAUUCUUAGUGAGUCCAUUAGUGAACCCACCCAUUAUCUUUUGUGAAUCAGGAGAGACAAACAAAUAACCAAAGCACUGAAAACAAAUGUCAAGUUAAUGGAACAUUGCAGAUCUUUAAAAUUGCAUAAGACGACAAAGACGUUUUUACUAUGCUUAUAGAUUUUAAAAGAUUGCAGUUGAGAUUGUAUCGCUAGCCCAGACUGCCUGAGAGCUUUGCAGAUAAAAAUGCGGUUUAUUAAUCAGACAAUGUUUAGCUCCCCCAACUCUUAAAAAUGUUCCUUUGCUUGAUGCAAUGAGGUGCAGAAACCCCUUUGUUCUUUUUGUUCACAUUGUUUUCAGGGCAUUUAAAUAUGUGCAUAAAAUGUAGGCUAUUUAGGCAUGUUUUCAAUGUUCACAUGUACAUUUUUAUGUUUUCACCAAACCUGUUUCUCUUCCUUUUUUACUUGUUAUUUUCUUUCUUUCUUUCUUUUACUUAAAAUUUUUCACAUUAUCUGAAAAUGUUAUUGAAUAUUUGCAUUUAGCACUCUGUAGCACAACCCAUACAUUUUAUAGCUUUAAUCAUUGUGUACGGCUCAUGUAUACAACUACAGCCUUCACGAUAUUCAGAAUCUGCACAUAUGUUGGGCUUUUCUUUGUCUUGUUAGAGCUAAACAAUCAUUUCACCAUGAUCCUUCUUUUAAACCUUUCUUUAAAAUACUCUUCUGUGCCUAUUGUAUUUAAAAAAAAAAAAUUACUAUGCCUUUAAUUCUUUUCUGCUAAAAAAACUGUGAAUAUGCCCUUUAAACAUGUUGAGGAACUAGACAUAAAAGACAUUGAAUAGCACUGAUGGAAUCACGUUUGUAUUGUUUGAACGUCAUUUAUUGCUUUAAAAAAAAAAUAUUUAGGUUUUUUCACCUCCACAAAUGUCACAAAUCACACAUUCUGUAAACACACUGCCUCUUAAUUCCUGGAAUAUUUUGAAGAAUUGUAUUUGUUCUUGUCAAGCAUGAAUAUCUUUUGGCAUUUUAGCUAUCUUUUUCUUUUAUUUUAUUGGUGUCACAUGCCGGCAUGAUAUUUGAAUGUGCUCCACAGUUCCAGGGUAUUUUAUACAAUAAUUUUUUAACCAACAUAUAUGAUAGUUGCCCCCAAACCCACCCCCCCCCCACCCACCCCACCCACCCCACCCCCAAAAAAAAAACAAGUUGAAGGAAACAUUUAUAUAAGACUAUGUUUACAACCAAAUGAACAAGAGCACACAAACAAAACAAGUUCUUACAAUGAGUCCAAACUUUUUGGAAUGGAGAGUACUUGAAGUUACACGAAAGGCAUGCAAAAGUCAGGUUUUACUUUUUAUCAUCUGUGUAAAUGUGUGUGUGUACAUAUAUAUACUUUUUUUUUUUUGUGAGAGAAAGGUGUUUUUUAACUGUUCUUAUUCACUGUGGACCUUACAAACAGUAAAUCAAUGGUUUGCUGUGUAUUUUUAUAUAAGUAAAUGUAUGAAUUAUAUACAGUAUAUUUUGGUAAACAAUGCUGAAAGGGGGUUAUCUUUUGUUGUGUGCUGGUUAGCUUUUAUGGGUUUUCUCAGGUACUGUGUUGUCAAAAUCUUCUUAUAAAAACUAAUGGCAUUUGUAUGGAAGUGUAAGAAAAUAUUAAGUAAUAUUGAUUAGUUUGGUAAUAUUUGGCUUUAAGUUCAAAGUCAAAUGUCCAAAUAUAAUGAUAAAAGUGUGUUGUUCUAUAUUGUUUUUUAAAGCAUGGGCUUUUCUGCAUUAAAUGCUGUCAUCAUCAGAUACUUCUCUUGUUUGUUGCCUUCUAUGGAGAGUCCUCAUAAGGAUAGCCGUGUGUGCGUGCGUGUGUGUAUCUCUCUCAAUCUUGUUUUGAGCAUACAUAUGUGGUCUUUUAUAGACAGGCCUUUUAUGGUGGACUUGUGGUUUUAGUCAAAGGCCAUCUCUUUACUUUCCACUGUCCCUCUCCGGUUUGCAAACAUGCUCGGCAGCCUGAGAGAGCAUAUAUCACAUUCACACUAUAAAUGCAUGCAGUGUUACAGGAAAAAGAAGCAGGAGGUUGAUAUUGCACUUACUGGGUGCUAAAAAGUGAACAUUUGGCUACUUAAUGGGGCCUGAAGGCAAAUAAUUUUUAAAACACAUUUUCAUUUAAACUGCUCAGUGAGGACUUAAGACAUUUCAGACAUUACUGCUGAAUUUUCAUUAAAGAUGCUUUGAAACGAUAUGUGUUGUGAAAAGUGCUAUACAAAAAAAAUAAAAUAGUCACACCUUUGUUGUUGUUUGUUUUUAGCAGAGCAGCCCUAAGAAACAUCUGGACUCAUGCUUUGCAGUAUCAGUUUCAUCACAUUUCACAUUUACAUUUAUGCAUUUGGCAGACGCUUUUAUCCAAAGCGACUUAGUGCAAUUAUUACAGGGACAAUCCCCCCAGAACAACCUGGAGUUAAGUGCCUUGCUCAAGGACACAAUGGUGGCAGCUGUGGGGAUCAAACCAGCAACCUUCUGAUUAACAGCCCUGUGUUUUAGCCACUACGCCACCACCUCUCAUCAGUAAUUACUUUAUAGGAUGGGAUGAACAUAAACUGACAAUUUCUUUCUCUCAGGGUACUGCGUUUUCAUGUUCAGAUAAUUUCAAGCAAAACAAAGUUAU